AAUAAACCAAUAUGGCGGCUGAAAAACAAAAAAUCGACAAAAUGUGAAUUUUUUUGGAUUUUCUCUUGGAAAAUGUUUUUAUUGUGUUAAAUAUCCAUUCAAAAGCGAUGUCUACAUUGUGUGCAUCAGAGGCUUUCUAUAAGCAACUUAAGAAUCUCCGAAUCGAAGAUUUUCCUUGCGGUGUUGGACCUUGGGUAUGUCACACAAUGUGCAUGUUAUAUUUAUUGUUAUAGUUAUCGAUGCUAUGCCUGUUAUGCUCAUAUUUGAUAAACAGCAGAAUACUUAAAAAUACAAUGCAGUACUUUAAUUAUACUCAGAAAGUAAUGAACAAUGAAUUUACAAGAAUUAUUGUAUUAAUACAAUGACAAAACAAGGUUUUUACUCGUUCAUAAUUAACUUCAUACCACCAAACGUCCAAACUAGUACAUAUAUGCAUGGUUCAAUUCUUCUAGUUACCUCCCCCCAGGCAACCCCUGGGGAAAUGUACACUGACACUAUGCAAGUACCCCUAACAUUAUUCAAUGACUUUUAUGAUUUUCAAUAAUUUUUUGAUGUUGUAUAGAGGCAAGCAUCAGACAAAAUUGUAUCAAGAUACGGUAAGGCUGAACAAUUAUUAAAGAAAUGUAUCCAUAUUUAAGUGAAUGAUAUUUACAAGGCUUAGACACUUCUAUAUUAUUUUCCUUAGAUUCUGGUGGAGCACAAUAUGAAAGUAUAGAAGCUUUGCUAGACCUUGAAGCCAGCUCACCAUAUACUGUCGACUAUAAUUGGAGUAAAGAAGCUGGGAAUUUACGAAAGAUUGCCAUUGAGACUCCAGAGUCCUUGCAGGAUCCAAGCUUUAUAUUGAAACAUUUCACCACACUCAGAAUUGUGGAUAAAAAUGUAAUUCUCAAUUAAACCCACUGUUAACCUCAAUCUUUAAGACAGUAUUAUAUUAUGGUAUUAGUACUGAAUUUCUAUACUUUUUGCAAUAUGAUUCAGGUCGAUCAUAUAGACGAAGGUAUCUUAAAGUUUCUUAAUUUGAAAGAGUUAAUUCUGACUGCAAAUUAUAUCAACAAAAUAGAUGGCAGAAAUUUACCAAAAGGAUUGGAGGUAAUUUAUGCAAAGCGAUGGUUUUUUCUGUAAUACCAGUGAUAUACUGUAUGAAAUCAACAGGGAAUUUGUGUAUAGCAUGUGGCAUUCAAAACUGCAGUACAAAGGGCAAAGUUUUCUAUAGAAGGUAUUCAUUCAGUAAGCUGAAACUUCAGUACGUGUUACAGCAAAAAGGGACACAAUAAUUAUUGCAUAUAUAAACAUACUGUACAUACAAUUCACUUAUUCAACAUUCCUUAAUCCCAUCCCAUCAUGAGUCCAGUCAUGUUUCAAGACAAGUCGGAUUUGCAAAAUACACAUUUAAUUACGGUUUUGAACACCUUGGAAAGUUUGCUGGUCAUAUACGAUACACAGAUAGUGAGAGUACCGCGUAGCUACGUAGGACAUGGCGGGAAACAAAGAAGUACCAGACCCUAAUAUUGGCGUACCUCCGGUAUGUAAGUACGCAAAUUAUGGCACCCUGAAUUUGAACCACUGUCACAGAAGUCGGAAAGACUAAGGUGCAUUCAUCUAUCCGCGAGAAGGCCUUGUGUAUACUACUCUUUUGAAAUUAUUUCGGAUCUUUACUCGUUUAAUUUUCCUGUAGGUAUUAGAGUUAGCGGCCAACAAUGUCAGUGAUCUGACCGCUUUGAAAUGUGCCAAUCUUUGUUCAUUGUUACAUCUUGGUCUGGCCCAAAAUCAGGUCAUUGAUAUUUCAUCUCGUUCGUUUACGCCGUCAAAAUGGUAAGUGCGUGGCGUCUGAGAGGAAUUACAUUCCAAAUGAUGCGAAUAUUGUAUAUUUCGAACUUGAGUAAUUCUUCAAUAUAGACGUUAUCCCAUGCAGGGGUUUUCAGGGACCAAGGAAACAAGAUAUAUUUUGCAAUGCAUGAGAACACGGGAACAAAGCCAAAAAAUAAUACGGAACAGGGGAACAUGUAUAGCUGAACAUAAUCAUUUCUUUUGGUAAUGACUAUAAUGAGUUCCAUAUACGGAUGUCCCAACGAACAUGGAAUUCUUUUUCAUAUUAUUAGUACGAGGCCAAACCUUUGGUGUAAAAUAAGAAAAGUAUUUUCCGGUCUUUUCAGGUUUCUUUUUAUUUUUUGUAUUUGCUUAACAAUCAUAUAUAAAGAUCGUUGGUAAGGACAACAAAACAUAAGUCUCUUAUUAAGUCGCACUGUCUAUAUCGAAUAUCGCGUGUUCAGUUUAUUUUUGUAGCACUUAAUAUAUAGUUUAGUUUUAAGGAUAGAAAGAGAAGAGGGCAAUUUGACAUCGCAAGUUUCCGUGCAUGUAUGAUUUGUGAAUAGAAUUGGAGCGUUGUAUGUCUAUAGCACGCGUUGAAAAUCAACUUCUUUAUUCAGUCUUUGUUUAUGUCCUGCAGGCCGUCAUUGCUCUCAUUGGACCUCAGUUAUAACAACCUCACUGAUCUUCAAAGUACUGUGGAAAUACUGAAACAUCUUCCAGCUCUUAGGAAUCUUUUGCUUAUUGGUAAUCCACUUCAU